GGUCGACGUAAUCGAUCAGGAUUGCGAGAAAGGUGUUUGGAUGUAAGGGAAAUUCGCAGAGAAAAAUAUCUGGAAAAUAAACUAUUCCCUUAUCAAUGGCGAUGACAGUGGCUUCUCCAGCAGCUUACCUCAAUGCAGAACACAGUUUCCUUGGCGCCGAGUCUCGAUUUCGACGCUUCUUUCCCGCCAAAAAUGCCUCAAGAUUUCUCGCCAUGGCACCCAAAAAGAAGGUGAACAAGUUAGAUGAUAACUGGAACAAACAAUGGUUUGGAGCUGGAAUUUUUUACGAAGGAAGUGAAGACGUGGAAGUGGAUGUCUUCAAGAAGCUGGAGAAGAGAAAAGUUCUUAGUAACGUUGAGAAGGCGGGUCUGUUGUCCAAGGCUGAGCAACUGGGAUUUACUCUCUCAUCAAUCGAGAAGUUAGGGGUGUUCUCCAAAGCAGAAGAGCUGGGGUUGUUGAGCUUGCUUGAGAAGGCCGCCAGCUUCUCACCAUCGGCUUUGGCCUCAGCGUCACUGCCCAUUUUGGUGGCAGCUAUCUUGACCAUAGUUUUGAUUCCGGAUGACUCCACCAGUCUCGUGGUUGUGCAGGCAGUUAUCGCGGCAGCGCUUGGAGUCGGGGCUGUCGGGUUGUUGGUCGGUUCGGUUGUUUUGGAUGGUUUGCAGGAGGCAGAUUAAGUUUGAAGUGUUCUGUGUUAGGAAUGAUACAGAAUGUAAAUUAACAUGCAUGAAAGGAAUAAUUUUUCUGAAUUUUGUUUGGUAUCAAGGAAAAUUAGUAUGAAGUAGGCCUGAUAACGAGGAUGGUGCAAUUUUAAGUUUGUGAUUCAUUCAAAUAUUUAUUUUAUGCACUUCAAUUAUGUAUUUGGAACA